AUGCCUGCACGAACUAAGGAGGAACAGCCUCAGGCUGAGGAUACCAACAUGGAGGAUGCCCCAGCCUCUGCGCAGCCUGAGACAAACGAUGAGGAGGUUGAGGACGAAGAAGAGGAAGAGGAGGUUGAGCCCCAACGAGUUAGAAUUCUGCCGGGCUCAACAGACACUGCUGCCUCAUUUGAGUUCAUCGAUGAAGGUCACACCCUUGGAAACGCUCUGAGAUAUAUCAUCAUGAAGAACCCCGAUGUUGAGUUCUGUGCUUAUUCUAUUCCUCACCCAUCAGAGCCAAAAAUGAACAUCAGAAUCCAAACCUACGAUGGCAAUGCAGUCGAUGCGCUCAAGAAGGGCUUGGUUGACAUCCAGGAAGUAUGCGACGUGGUUGCCGAUGAGUUCUGGACCAAGAGAGACGCCUACAUUGCUGAGCAGGGUAUUGAUCGAUGA